AUGGGAUGGAGUAAAAGAGGAAAUGGAAAGAGCUACGAUAGUCUCAAUGGUUAUGGAAAAAAGAAGAUCAUGAUUGCCGGAAAAACUUCGUCGGUAGUGCCAAAUCAAUGGAAGCAUCUGCAGGAGCAUAUUUGUUAUGCAUUGGCUCAAAAUGUAGGUGAUAGCAAAAAUUUAGCAAAAGCUAUAGGUAAUAUACCUAAUCAUUUGUACGAUAACCACGAGAAUUGUGGAUCUUGGUGUUGUCGCAGAAGUGGCUCUGGGGAACAAAAAAUUUUGCUUACAAACCUAACUUUAUUUGAUAAACUAUCAGCUGUAUGUGACAAGUACACUGCUAGUGCAAAUAAAUUUUCAAUUCCUGCUUCGAGCCAAGCUAAUGAAUCAUUCAAUAAUAUAAUGGCUCAUAAAUCGCCAAAAAACAUUUGCUAUAGCAAAAGCGAAUCAUCAAGUUAUCGUCUCGCUAGUUCUGUGUGUACCAAAAGUGAUGGCGAUUCCUGUAUCGUUGGAAUUAGAAAAAAACUAAAGUUGUCACCAGGGUUACACACUUCGCUUUAUGCAGAGCUAUCAGAUAAUAAGCGAAAGAAACGUGCAAUAGAUGCAAAGCUGCCGGUUGCCAAGAAACGUCGUGUACUUGUAACUCAAGAACGUGAGAAAUUAAGAAAGAAGAAUGAAAAUUCCGAAGGCGUUCAAUAUAAAUCUAACUGCGGUCUGUCGCAAGACGGUGAAGAUUUUGAAGCCUUUGACGAAUCACAAAUUAAAGGUCCAGAUAUUCAAAUGUCACCAGAGACAUGCAAUUUAGUUUUUUUUUAUUUAGAAACCUCGGGUUUCCGUAAAAGUGACGAAAUUCUUCAAAUUGCAGCAUCUUGUAAAGGGCGAAAAUUUAGUGUCUAUAUUAAUCCUACAAAAAUCAUUGAUGAUAAAGCUUCCGCGUAUACUGGUGUUACGUUCUCAAUUUUUAGUAUUUAUUUUAUUACGCCUUUAAAUUGGUAG